AGACAGGAUGUAGCCUGUGCGCUAACGCGGCUCUCGUGCAGACAGCACUGCUGCUGAUUGGCUCGUGCUCUGGCCUGCUCUGAAGCAGCUGCCGUCAUCCUUCAGACGUGCUGAGGAUGCUGACUGAGCUCCACUGGUCCCCUCUGCUGACGGACUGCGGCGAUCCGGGCACAUCAGGCCGGACGGAUUGCUGGGAGAUUCGGGUCUCUGAGAUGAGAUAAACGUCCUCUGCCUCCGCCGAGCUGCUGCAGCGCCGCGCCACGAGGAAAACACGGUGUCAUUAAGGGAUAUAACGUUUUCUUUCACCGGUGAGCUUCGUCACAGAAAAAAAAAAAAAAAGGUUUCAGAACGUCCUCCAGCUCCUCGGUUAUGGUCCCGGCGCGUCGCUCCGGCGGUGAUGUGAGCUGAGCUGGCGGGACGCCGCAGAGGAGCUGUCCGUCUGUCGAGGUGCUGAUGCGGCUGUGACAGAAGCGAGCAUGGCUGCCGGGAAGUUGCUGCUGUACGCCGGGCUCUCUCUGUCUCUGUGCGCCCUGGGCAUGCUGGCCGUGGCGAUGUGCUCCGACCACUGGUACGAGACCGACGCCAGGAGAUACCGGGACCGCUGCCGGAGCUUCUCCAGCCGCCGCAAGGACCCAGGAUUCAUCUACAUCCCCAACAACAGCCUGCCGCUGCGGGCCAGCCGGAGCAGCCCGCCCCGCUGGGAGGAGAAGCUGCUGCUGGCCCGGAACCGGCGGCAGCUGUUCGCCAUGAGCGCCGCGGAUGAGUGCAGCCGGCAGUACAACUCCACCAACAUGGGGCUGUGGAGGAGGUGCCACCGGCUGGGCUUCGACCAGGAGAUAGAGGACCUGAUCCGGAAAGGUUCCAUCGCACGGUGCUCCUACAUCAAGUAUCACUACUCCUCGGCUACGAUACCCAAAAACCUCUCGUACAACAUCACCAAGACGAUAAGGCAGGACGAGUGGCACUCCCUCCACUUGCGGAGGAUGACGGCGGGCUUCAUGGGCAUGGCGGUGGCCAUCAUCCUGUUCGGCUGGGUCAUCGGCGUGCUCGGCUGCUGCUGGGACCGAGGACUCAUGCAGUACGUGGCCGGACUCCUCUUCCUCAUGGGAGGAACUUUCUGCAUCAUCUCCCUCUGCACCUGCGUCGCCGGCAUCAACUUCGAGCUGUCCCGUUAUCCGCGGUACCUGUACGGUCUGCCCGACGACAUCGGCCACGGCUACGGCUGGUCCAUGUUCUGCGCCUGGGGCGGCCUCGGCCUCACCCUCAUCGCCGGCUUCUUCUGCACCCUGGCCCCCUCCGUCCAGCCGAUACCCCGAUCCACCUGCCCCAAGUCCCGACAGGAGAACGGCACCGUCUGCUAAAGACGACCGACUGAACCCCCAAAAUCAACAAACAGAAAAACUGUCCAACGUCUUCAUCCAUCCAAUCAUCUCCAGUCUCUCCUGGGUAUUUUUUUUAUCUGUGUGUGUGUUUAAAAAUGGCUGUCUUGAUGAUCUUGAAAAUAACAGAAAAAAACUGAAGAAAUAUUAUCGAACAUUUGAAGUUGUGCUUGUUUAGUUGUCGUGGACGCUGAAAUGGACCGUGACCGAGAAACCCUGCAGAGGAAACUCUCUGAGGACUUUGAAGGACUAAAUGGUGAACACGUGAAGAGGCUUCUAUAAACUCGUCUGCGGGGAGAAGCAGAACUCAGGAUUGGAGGGAAACUGUCGUUUGAUCGAUUAAAGAUCUUGAGGAGGUUUCUCCUAGACUCGCCUUGUGGAGCCUCCUGGUGGUCAAUUCAGAAAAAAGAGGACCAAACAUCAAACUCUGAACUCACUGGGUUGGAUUAUGCGUUGACUUUCACUUUGGUCCCUUGGAUGUUUUGGGGACAUCGUGGCGUUGAAGAGGUCAGGGACCAUCUCUCUUGUACAUUAUUGUACAGAAUAUUCCAGAGAAAAGACAACCAGGACCUGUCAUGUUGGACCAUUUUCAUUCCCGUGUAGAUGCAUUCCAAAUCGUCCAAUGAUCCCGUAUCUCCAUUUAGCAUUUUAUACAUUCACUCCUCUCUGAUUCAAAGUGUUUCCUUUUUACUGAACCCGUCACGUAGUGAACGAACUGUGGACGUUUCUUCAGAGCAAACGUUUUGUCUGUCUGAUUUUUUCCAUUCUAGUCAUAGAGAUAAAUGUGUGUGUGAGUGUGUAUGUGCGGGAGGUGUUUGUUUCGCAGUCUCUAUUGAAAAAAGUUGUAAAGAUGAAUCAUAGUGACAAAGCGGCGUCCUGCCUCGGGAAGAAGACGAUGAAGACGUAACGGAGACGUGGCGUUUCCUGAAUAAUGACUCCUUCGUCUGUUCUGGAGAUUCCCAGCAGACACGGCAGAUCAAGAGGAGUAUUUUUAAAGAAAGCAGAGACUCUGAGUUCUGCUGCUCGGAGCGACGUUUGAACCUCACCUGAUGAGAGUAAACUACAGAUUAGCUUCCUGGAGCUCCAUACCUCCUCCUAACAUACAUCUGUUUCUGUCGCUAACAGUGGAGCGCUAGCAGGUUUCUCUGUGAGCAGAACAGCAUCAAAGCUCAAGGUUCAAAAGGUUUCAGUCCAGAGAGACUGAAGAAGAAAAGUUUUGCUUCUGCAGGAAUCCUCGAGGCCUCUGCAAACAAUCAUGAGUCAGACAUCAGAACACACACCAACAGGAGGGUGAAUAUUUCUAUGCACAGUAGAGACGAGGAUCAAACCGCAAUAACUAGGGACCAAACACAGCAGGAAGUUAGCAAGAUGCUACAGGAAGUAACAAAUUACACAUCCACUAACGCCUCCACUUACGUAUGUGACUCCUGUCCGUAGAUCCGUUAAUAUACAGAUGAUGCCUCCUAGUGUCCGGCUCAAGGAAGUGCAUGUCUUUAGAAAUCUGAUCGAAGCUUCCUGGAGGAAAGGGGGAGGGGCUAAUUCUGUCCGUUUUAACACAUCGAUAAAACUGUAUACAAAGAAUAAGCAUAUGUUAUUACAUUAACAUUAAAACUGGAUAAAGACGUUAUUUUGAAUCACGCAAACUCUCUUUACGAUCAACGUCGACAACUGAAUCGAAGGAAAUAGCCUAUUAGCUCUUAGCAUAAUUUAGCUGUGCUAGCACACUGCCGUACCGUCUCCCUAAAAUUCACAGCAGAAGUUCAUGUUUUUCAACGUACUCGACGCACCCCCCCAGAUUUAAAUAUUACGGGGGGAGUUUCACUGACACAUCGGGUAUCAAUGACGUAGGAAUGAACAGACCUCCGGUUGACUUCACCCCCUACACACACGCGAGUGGAAAUGAGACGUAAAUCGUUAAAUAAUAAUAAUCUAUCCUGGAAGUGUCGAACCAAUCAGCACCAGUCUUUCAGACCAGUUGGGUGUGGUAGUUGUACAUGUGUGCAUCCACGGUUUACCUGCUUUAUGUCUUCAGCUGCGUCAGUCAGACGCUGCCGACUUCACUCAGAUUAUGUCUUCAGUUUAGAAAAGGUAUUAGAAACUAUUACAACAUAAACAUCCACAUAACUACAGUUUGGUAACGAAAAAUGUUGUCCAUGCUAAACGUAGGCCAGGUUUCAGCUGGAAACACGUUGGGGUAAUCCCAGGAUGAGUCAGAGGGCGCUAAAAGGCCUUUUUCUGUAAAUCAUGCCAUAGUUCCCCGAUAUGAAACCAAGAAUUUCACCAGAAGGCUUCAAGCCUCUACGUAAGCCGCUGAAACCUCUUACA